ACGCCCCCGGCCCAGCCUGCGCCCGGGGCCACCCCUCCAGCACACCCUGGGACGCCAUGCGGGGUGCUCUGGCGCCCCUGCCUCCGCUGCCACCCGAGCUGCUGCUGCUGCUGCUGCUGCUGCUGGGGUCUGGGCCUUGGCCAGCCGCCAGUGGUGGGGCUGGUGGGGCAGCGGGCUACGCGCCGGUGAAGUACGUGCAGCCCAUGCACAAAGGACCCGUGGGGCCGCCCUUCCGAGAGGGCAAGGGCCAGUACCUGGAAAUGCCUCUACCACUGUUGCCGAUGGACCUAAAAGGAGAGCCUGGCCCCCCUGGGAAGCCUGGGCCUCGGGGGCCUCCUGGCCCUCCUGGUUUCCCCGGAAAACCAGGCACUGGAAAGCCAGGUCUGCAUGGGCAACCCGGCCCUGCCGGGCCCCCUGGCUUCUCCCGGAUGGGCAAAGCUGGUCCUCCUGGGCUCCCAGGCAAGGUUGGACCUCCAGGGCAGCCUGGGCUUCGGGGGGAGCCAGGGAUACGAGGGGACCAAGGCCUCCGGGGGCCUCCAGGACCCCCUGGCCUCCCUGGGCCCACAGGCAUUGCUGUCCCUGGAAAACCAGGCCCCCAGGGGGUUCCAGGGCCCCCAGGAUUUGGUGGGGAGCCAGGGCCUCAGGGGGAGCCUGGUCCCCCAGGUGAUCGAGGUCUCAAGGGGGAUAAUGGAGUGGGCCAGCCAGGGCUGCCUGGGGCCCCAGGGCAGGGGGGUGCCCCUGGACCCCCUGGCCUCCCUGGUCCAGCUGGCUUGGGCAAACCAGGUUUGGAUGGGCUUCCUGGGGCCCCUGGAAAUAAGGGUGCAUCUGGGCCUCCUGGGGUACCAGGGCCCAGGGGGGAGCCAGGUGCUUUGGGCCCAAAAGGGUCCCCUGGGGUGGAUGGGGUGGGGGUACCAGGGGCAGCAGGAGUGCCAGGGCCACAGGGCCCAGUAGGGGUCAAAGGGGAACCAGGGACCCGAGGUCCCCCUGGCCUGAUAGGUCCCACUGGCUAUGGAAUGCCAGGCCUGCCAGGCCCUAAGGGGGACAGGGGCCCAGCUGGGGUCCCAGGGCUCUUGGGGGACAGGGGUGAGCCUGGGGAGGAUGGGGAGCCAGGGGAGCAGGGCCCACAGGGCCUUGGAGGACCUCCGGGACUUCCCGGGUCUGCAGGGCUCCCUGGCAGGCGUGGCCCUCCUGGGCUUAAGGGGGAGACUGGACCUGGGGGACCCCCAGGGGUGCCUGGCAUUCGAGGUGAUCAGGGGCCUAGUGGCCUGGCUGGGAAACCUGGGAUCCCAGGAGAGAGGGGGCUUCCAGGAGCCCAUGGACCCCCUGGGCCAGCUGGACCCAAGGGUGAGCCAGGUUUCACAGGCCGCCCUGGGGGACCUGGGUUGGCAGGAGCCCUGGGGCAGAAGGGUGACUUGGGGCUCCCUGGGCAGCCUGGCCUGAGGGGCCCCUCCGGAAUCCCAGGACUCCAAGGCCCAGCUGGCCCUGUUGGCCCCCAGGGUCUGCCAGGCCUGAAGGGUGAACCAGGCCUGCCUGGGGCGCCUGGAGAGGGGAAAGUGGGAGAACCUGGCAUGGCUGGGCCCACAGGGCCCCCUGGGGUCCCAGGUUCCCCAGGACUCACGGGCCCUCCUGGGCCCCCCGGGCCUCCUGGGCCCCCCGGUGCCCCUGGGGCCUUGGACGAGACUGGCGUUGCUGGCCUGCACCUGCCCAGUGGUGGCGUGGAGGGCGCUGUGCUGGGCAAGGGAGGCAGGCCACAGUUGGGGCUGGGUGAGCUGUCGGCCCACACCACGCCGGCCUUCACCGCUGUGCUCACCUCACCCUUUCCCGCCUCGGGGAUGCCUGUUAAAUUUGAUCGGACUCUCUACAACGGCCACAGCGGCUACAACCCGGCCACUGGCAUCUUCACCUGCCCCGUGGGCGGGGUCUACUACUUUGCUUACCACGUGCAUGUCAAGGGCACCAACGUGUGGGUGGCUCUGUACAAGAACAACGUGCCAGCCACCUACACCUAUGACGAAUACAAGAAGGGCUACCUGGACCAGGCGUCAGGCGGGGCGGUGCUGCAGCUGCGGCCCAACGACCAGGUCUGGGUGCAGAUGCCCUCGGACCAGGCCAACGGCCUCUACUCCACCGAGUACAUCCACUCCUCCUUUUCAGGAUUCUUGCUCUGCCCUACAUAACCCCAGGGGUGCUGCUGCCCUGGCCGCCGCCUCUUUAGUGGUAGAGAGACCUUUUCAGUUACCAAGAACUUUCAUUUAAAAGAAAACACUGAAGGCUGAACUGAGGCGACUGCAGUCUGGACCCAAGCAGACUGACUUGGAUUUUCCCUUCAGGAGCGGCUGAGGUGGUUUCUGGAAGAGACUGGCCUGUGUUCCCCUCCCCCGUGUCUCUGCAGGGUUGGGAUUGCACCUCACCCUACGGGGCUUAUAGGCAGGGGCCCCAGGACCCCAAGCCCAGCUCCUGGAGAACCUGCCCUUGGAGUCCUGAGCUCAGCCGGGUGGCCAAGGAGGUGCUAGAGUCUGAGCUGAGGGGGCCAAGCUCCCCUCCCAGUGCCCCCUGAGACAUAUUCCCAGCUCUUGCCUUCCUGCUGACCCUCAGCUGGUUCCAGUUCAAGGAAUGGGGCAUGGCUUCCCUCAGUUCUAGGCUGGGCCUCUCCCAGGUCCCCCCAGGACCGCCAGCACACCUGGGUAGUCCCCUGAAGAGUUUUUGUUAACCCCCUAGUGGGGAGGGGGGAGAGAUACCAUCCAGGUGGCCACUCCCUGGGGGGCGGGGCGUGCAUACCAGGCCUUCCUGUGGCCCUCCGCAGGGGCAGAACCAUUCCACUGCUCCAGCACAGCCACGAGCAAAGUGGUUUGUCAGAAGGCAGGGCAUGGACUGGGCAGAACGGCAGCCCCGCGGCUUAUCUUCACUCCCCAGGCUGCCUCCACCAACUCUGGCUGCCCAGCGCCAGGGCACCCACACGGGCUCUACAACCAGAAGUUGGACAAGGCGUGACCAGUGACCAAGAGUGGGCAGGGGGAAAGGGCCGAAUUGCAAGGGAACCUUUCCACCCACUCCGGCAUCCCCGAGGCAGAGAGCCUCUGUCUGGCCUUCAGAACAAGGUGCACACAGCCGGGAGAUGGCGGAGGUGCUGCUUGCUCUUCCCUAAUCAGAGCCACAUGGUGCCUCUGUGUGUCGACUAGAAGGGUUAAUCUGUGGGGGCUUCUUCUCCUUCCGUCCUCUGGUUCCAAUUUCCUGUUCUAAGCAGGAUUAGGGCCCAGGAGGCUGAGGCUUGGAGAAAGAGUACCAACGGGCCCCUUUGAAAUAAGUUGGCUCUGGAUGGUUCUGCCACUUUCUCCAAUCAGAGCUCCCUUGCGGGACAGAGUCCCCCUCCCAGCCCUCAGGCCCUGGCUCCAGCAGGGUGGGUAAAAUGGGAUACAUGCAGGGGUCAGGAGGGAGCACUGUUGCUGACUCAAGAUGGCCAUUUUCUCCGUGGCUUGGGGUCUCUGGUCCAGCUCCCUGCCUUCCCUCAGGCCAGCCCACUUUCCUGAACACCAAGUGGUCAGGGUGGGAUCUUGUGGCUGGGCCCCAGUUCUGGCCCAGGCCAGGCUGCCUCUGCUGAAAAUGGAGGGUGGCUGCUGACUCCUGACCUGCUCCUGCCCAGCUCCAAACACAAGCCUGUUGACUGCUCACUAAUUUUCAAAACAAGAAGUGAAAACCCAAAUCUGCUCGUGACAUUCUAAGAACAGGCUUCAGCUGGGGUUCAUGUAGAUUUCUUACCCCCCUCCACCCAAAAGGUCUAAAAGUUCAAACACUACCUGUGGGGCCCCCUGCUCAGCCUCCUUCCCGGCAAGGGGCACAGCCAUCUGACCUGUUAGGGAGGGGCCCUUCUCUCCGAGUGCGCCCAGGAGCCCAGGAGUGUUCCCAGAAACAAAACUGAGCUUCUGCAAAAUGUCAUUCCUAAAGCCUUUGGGGAGGGUUAUAGGUAUUUCUGAAAGGUUUAUGGGAUUUUAGGUCCAGGUGUCCACUUAACUGACUAGCUUUGCUAAAUGACAUCAGGUUUUAUCAAUGAAAACUACAUCACCUUGUGCCUUUUUUAUCUGAUUUCUAACAUUUUAAGGUUGAAGUGUUUUCCAUUAGUUGUGUCAUUUCUAACCUCAUUAAGAAGCUUAGUUUCUACAUACUUACCAUGUGCCCCGUGUCACAGAGGAUUUGGGAAAAAUGCACUCGGGAGUCAAAGAAGAUGGAACUUGUUUUUGAAAAGAAAAACAAUGGUACUGACUGUACUGACACACCUCAAUAAAACCU